UCCAGUUUAGUAUGAUGCAUUAUGGGAGUACAAGUUUUUUCCCGUCUCCUAGCUAUAGGCUCUGCGACAAACCGAACAACACUUCCCAUAAUACCAAUUGUUUCCCACUGCUGGCACAGUUCAGGUUUGUGGAACUAUGCUAACGGCCAGAAACGCAGGGGCUAGAAAGAACCCGCUAAGAAGAGUGAGGAUUUUGCGAACACAACAAAUGACAUGUUCUGGAUAUACUGAUAAUAGCCCGUGAUAGGAUGCAGUAGGCAGGAUACACUGUUUUGUCGCAUUCGAUAUAAUAGUGUUAUCUAAGGAAGGCAGCUUCCUGGACCUAUCCAUCGCCGGAGUUUGUCGGGUAGGCUCCCGCUCAUCACCGUACUGCAGUAUGUUACUCAUACCGAGAAGAGUGCUGCGACGCGGCUAUGAUCUGGAAGCUUGAUCGGUCACUGGGUUGUCAAAACGCCGGCGUUGUAGCCUUUAGUAGUUUUAAGUAAUGCGUUCAUUGUGUCCGUAAUCCACUGCUUCUAUGCAAGUGAAUGUUUCAAAACAGUUUCAGAUUCAGUUACGCGUUCGAGCCGCAGUUUGCAAAAAUAACCAAAUGACACCCCCAGUGUGAUAUCAGUCCUGUUAACAUCAAGGUUUGUCUGCUGUGACAACGCGGCAGACGGCAUGGAGCGCGCAGGCAGUAUUCAGCUCGACAUCCCGGACUUCAGCAACUCGGUGCUGUCCCACCUGAAUCAGUUACGCAUGCAGGGCCGCUUGUGCGACAUUGUGGUGAACGUGCAGGGACAGAGUUUUCGCGCGCACAAGGUGGUGCUCGCCGCCAGCUCACCAUACUUCCGCGACCACAUGUCACUGAGUGAGAUGAGCACGGUGUCCCUCUCCGUCAUUCGAAACCCGUCGGUGUUUGAGCAGCUGCUGUCAUUUUGCUACACAGGCCGAUUGUGCCUGCAACUGGCAGACAUCAUUAGCUAUUUGACAGCAGCUAGUUUUUUGCAGAUGCAGCACAUCAUUGAUCGCUGCACACAGAUUCUAGAGGGUAUCCAUUUCAAAAUUAACCUGGCUGAAGUGGAGGAAGACUUGGUUGGGGCUCACCGAAGCUCUGGGCGGACCUUGGAGUCUGGGAAUGUUGGUGGGGGUUCAAUGGGUCCGCACUUGCUCAGUCCCAGACUCCGUAGUCCGAAGGUAACCGGCCCAUGUGGCAUAGGAGAUGUUGGAGCAAUGGAGGUACGCAACACAUGUGAGACACAAGACGUGAGCCCAGCUGGCAACUCUAUGAGCCCUCAGGUUGUUGAGCACAGUGGGCUUGUGUCAGAAAUGUUAGGGGACAAGGGAGGGACAAGCAACAUCAGGGAAAAAGAGCCAGUCCUACGCAUUAACCGAUCAGGGCAAUGGUAUGUUGAGUCUGGACUAGAGGAUAGUAGGGGAGAGGAAAUAGGGGUGCGGGUGCCGGAUGGCUUGCGGAUCAAGACGGAGCAUUUAGAGGAAUGGGGGGGCAUGGAAAGUUCGUCAGCAGCUGAAGUGAGUGGGACAGUGGAGGAGGGUGCCCCCAUGAUGAUCGACGCCUCAGGCCGCAGCUCACUGGUGCAAGAGGAAUUUGUUUCAGGUGCCUCUGGGUCAAAGAGCUCCCAGCCCUCCAGCAGCUUCAGCGAGACUGAGAGGUUCAGUCCUACAGGUAGUGUAGUGGUGAUGGCAGAACGUCAGAGGGCCAAGAGUGAGUCUCCAGGGAGAGUGUAUGAUCAGAAACACCACAGCUCACAGGGUGAGGAACAGGCCAUUUUUGACAUGGGCGGCUACGAGGAAUACCUGAGGGAGCAGGUGGGUGAUCGCUGGUUCCGCUACAACCCACGCCUCACCUGCAUCUAUUGCUGCAAGUCUUUCAACCAGAAGGGAAGUCUGGACCGACACAUGCGUCUACACAUGGGCAUCACACCAUUUGUGUGCCGCAUAUGUGGUAAGAAGUACACACGGAAGGACCAGCUGGAAUACCAUAUCCGCAAGCACACUGGCAAUAAGCCCUUCCACUGCCAUGUUUGUGGAAAAAGCUUCCCUUUUCAGGCUAUCCUCAACCAGCACCUCCGCAAGAACCACCCUGGUUGUGUCUCACAGGAAGCAGCCCACAGUGCCUCCCCUGAAACCACCACCGUCUCAUCUAGGGGAGGCCAUGCUGAUGAUGGGUCCCCUGGCCAGGAGGAAGGGGAGGGGAAUGGGGCAGUAGGAGGGUCAACAUCCUCAUUGGGGGAGGGUAUGCAGCCCUCAGUUUCCACCACAGGCCCUGAUUAAGGUGUCAAGAUGUUCAGAAGAAUGAGGUGAGAGUUGGUGAUUGGGUCGGGGAGAAUCUCAAUUUUGGAGAAUGUAUCAUAUUCCCUGCCCUCAACAAGCAAUCUCAACCUUACCUCUAUUCUCAGCUCUUACUCUCACCCAAAUCCACAACUUUCCCCACCCGAGACUCAAUCACAGAGGCAAAACAGCAGAGGCAAUAUCUCAGCGACAAAUGAGAGAGUUAAACGUGAAAUAUUUUCAAAGCUGCUUUUCUUCACACUUAGGAUGAGAAAAGGGAGGAUUCACCUGAAUAUGGAUAGUCGUAUCUUCAAUUAUUCAUUUUAAAUAUCCUUAUAUGAAAUGUGUGAAACAAACUUACAAAGAUGCAAGAGUUAGUGUACUAGCAGAUUUAUAUGUUGGUUAUUUAAGAAUGGUCUUUCUGCUUUAAACCACAUCUACCUUCACUAAUACAGACUGAACCAGAAGCUAUCUAAUGAAGAAACUCCACACUUCAACAGCCUCACAUCACUGGAUACACAGUGUUUUGCCUUUCCGGUUUUUAGUAUGUUACUUUUUUUUUUUUUUUUUUUUUUGCUUUCUUUUGUAAAAGGUUUUGUACUUCUUGGAGCAAAAGUUUAGAAUUCAGGAAAAAUUUUGACAUGUUUAAAUUCGGCCAGAUUGCCAAGGUAUUUGUGCCAAAUAUUGAAGUUAAGAUAAAAGAGGAGACUUUGUUUCCCUUUUUUUUUAAAUUUUGCCUUCUGACAAUCUUGUUAACCUCUGCUAGGAUGCAACACUACCAUAGCAGAGAGUCUGCCAAGUGUGUUGUCUGAAAGACCUUUUAGGUCCGAUCAGGUGGGAGAAUAGAAUAAUUUGAUCUUUAAAAUGAAAAGUGCCAAUUCGGCUUUACUGGUGUUUACACACACUCAGACUUGGAAAAGCCUCUAAUAUUGAAUCAUAAUACAACACUGAAUUUGUAGUGUAUUUAAUUACUUAAUCAAUCUUGGUGUCUUAGAAUUAAACUGCUUUGUAGGAUAUGAUAUUGGCUAUAUGAUGUCCUUUUGGACAAACAGGUGGUCCUGGAUCUGACUUAUUUUACAUAUAAUAUCUACUUUCUCUGGAACGCCUUUCAACAUUCAACAUUUUCAAAUAGCUGCUGAAUGUUAAUAUCAACAGUAAUACAGAAAACAUAAAAGUCUUCAACCUCAGAUAAGCUACUAGACAGCUCAGUUACCUCUCAAUGAUCACUACGCAAUACAAAUCUGUUACCAGUGGACUGGUAAAUGCACUCAGUAUUAUUAUUAUGAUUAUUAUUAUUAUUAUUACUGUUGUUGUAAAUUUUCUUUUCUUUGUAUUUUUAAUGAACUACUCUAUAGUCCCUUGUAUUGAAAGCUAGUUGGGCUCACAGUUCUAAGUCAAAGGCUCAAGAUGAGGGUCCAAGAGUCCAAAACCGCAUGGACAAAAAGAAGCUAGAUGGUCUAUGAACUUGGAAUGGAACAACUCCCCUGGUGCAGAUAGAAGCAGUGGUUCAACCCCCUUCACUUUAUGGUGUUAAAGCAGCACAGAAUGUCAUGGAAUAGCAACCUUUAAAUGUUCUUUACCUCAACAGAUUGACUACCCAUGGAUUAUGUCACCAGUGUUGAAAAGAACCAUUUUGUCCCCUUGACUUUCUUUU